AAUAUCUAAAUGAAAAUUGUCUUCAAGAUUAAGGGACUGGUUCCACAUUAGUCGUAACCCAGUUUGAAAACCUUUUCUCAUAGAUUCCUUUCACCACGUCAUCGCCAUCAAUUCACUCUUAUCUCUUGGUCCUAUGUUAUUAAGCCGUAGGACUCUUUUAGUAAUUUCGCUCUACUUUUCAAAGAACAAAAAGUUCAGGCCAGUAGGGAGUAAAGGGCCUUUAGCACUGUUGAAAAUCCCUAAACACAUAAAAGCAACCAACUUCACAGCAAAUAUAAUUUCAUUUAAAUUUCCAGCUUUGGAUAUUUGCCUCUCCUUGAUUUUAAAGAUAUCCCAAGACUCUUUUUACCAAGAUUUUUACCAAGUACCAGAUUUCCCAAUCUUUUUUCUUCCAGCAGCUAUCUGAUGGAUUCGAGUUGGAGAGCAUCUCAGUCUUCUGUGCCGAAUUCUGGUGAAUCUAGUAGUUCAAUUCCGCUGCAUCCUCAACCGCUUAACGUGGCCCCCAUCAGCUGGUAUUCAUCGACACCAGAUAUCAAUGCUGGUUCAGUCUCAGUUGAAGCUAUAACUUUGCCGUCCAAGCGUAGCAACUCUCAGCGGCAUGCUGGGGGUCAGCCUGCAGUGGUUUUUUUUUCUGCUUAUCCAGCCAAAGAGGAGUGGGACAAUCUUUUAAAUCAUGCUAACGGUGGGGUUGCCCUUACUGGAUCGGCUUUGUAUGGAAAGGUUGGGCCAUUCAUGGGUUCAGUUGAUAUAGCUGAAUCUGAAGAUGCUUAUGUCUUCCGUGUUUCACUUCCCGGUGUUGCUAGGGAUGAACAAGUCUUUCGCUGUGAUGUUGGACAAAAUGGGAGAAUUCUCAUAAGAGGGGUGAGCGUGACCGGAGAGAGGAAGGUUCGCAGGAAGAAUAUGGUCUUUAAUAUGCAAACUCAGAACUUAUGCCCACCGGGUGAAUUUACCGUUUCAUUCCAGCUACCAGGUCCAAUUGAUUAUCUAAACUUGUCUUGUAAUUUUGGACCUGAUGGGAUUUUUGAAGGCAUUGCGAAGAAAAAACAGCAGGUCCUUUAAGGUCCAGUGAAAUAUUUAGAUCAAACUCCUUCAUCUCUAUGGUAGGGAGAAGCCAAAUUUAGAAGACCAGGAGCAAUGCUGCAGUUGAUUCCGGGAUCUUUGUGCAGCUUUUAGCCUUAUCUUGCAUCAUGGUUUAGUUCUUUUGUGUGUGUGCCAUCUUGUUGGUUCCAUCGUUAAGACUUACUAAGGGUGUGGCUACCCGAACUUAGCCACUUCUACAGAAUUGGAAAAUUGGGCUCAAACUAAUAGAUUUUGACUUUUGUGUUUAAAGACCAAGUAUUUUGUCCCUGUUGUUUAAUUGGUUUGCUAUGGUAUUCUUAUAUCCGGCAGUUUGCACCAAA